AUGUUCAUAUUCAUCAGUUUGCUGGCGUGCGUCGCCGCCGAGCCGCCUGUGGGGGACGGCUACGCCGCAGCACGCUCGAGCCACGAUCAUCACACGCGCGCCAACCAGAGGUCGCUGUCACAAGAGUAUGGCGCGCCAGCGGUCGGCGCUACCAGCAGCUACAACAACGACGCCCGGUCACAGCUCGCCUUCGACCGAGCUGGCUCUGCGGCGUCCCACGAGUACGCGGCUCCUGGCUUCCGAUCUGUAUCUCAAGAGCAUGGACCUCCCAAUACUAGAUCACGUUCAGGUUCAGGAUACGGUCUGCCAACUGCUAGGUCGAGCGUCUCCCAAGAAUAUGGGCUCCCGAACGCUAGGUCUGGACUAUCCCAAAACUACGGAGCACCCAAAGCUAAAUCAGGACUGUCCCAGGAGUACGGAGCGCCGAACACUCGAUCAGGAUCAUCCCAAAGUUAUGGAGCACCAAGUGCAAGAGCAGGACUGUCCCAAGAGUAUGGUCUACCGAAUACUAGGUCGAGCAUUUCUGAAGAGUACGGACUACCUAGCUCCCGAAGCCUUUCCCAACAAUUUAGUCCUCCCAACAUACGUAACGCUGCCACAGAUUACUCUCGAUCUCAGGAUUACAGCAUAUCCAGUGCUCACUCGUCUCCAGGAUAUGGAUCUCCUCAACUGAGAAGCUCGCAAGACUACGCCGAUGUCCCGUCAGAUUCCUAUGGAGCACCCCUUCAAAGAUCCCAGGGAUUAUCAGAUUAUACACCUUCGGAAGAAUAUAAUCUGCCAUCUCAGAAGAAUUUCGAUCAACCCCCAUCUCAGAAAUACGGGCAGCCUAGCUUCAGAAAUACUCAGUCUUAUAGCUCUAGUUCCCAAGGUGCAGCAUCUGGUAGAUUCAGCAAAGGUUCCCCAUCUUCUAGAGCAUUCCAAUCGUCUUUUGGUUUAAGAAGCCCAUCUCAAUCUUUUGGGACUCUUCGCUCUUCGUCGUACUCGGCGCCCGGUGCAAGGGAUAUCGAGUCUUAUGCCCCGGCCGCAAAGUCUAUUUCUGCUACAUAUCUGCCAAGUUCCAGGAGUGCUUCUGAGACGUAUGGAGCGCCUGAUGGAAGGAGCUUGUCUACUGAAUAUGGUGCUCCUGAUACUAGAGGUCUGAGCACCAAUGCUUACGCUUCUUCGUUUGAUGCAGCGAGAUCCAUUCCCUCGAGUAAACACGGCGCCGCGGCCGGGCGGGGCGCGAUGCCGUCCGCGCGGCACGGCGUCCCGCAGCAGCACGACGCGCUGUCCGGCGAGGGGUACGGCUACGCGAGGAACGCGCUCGACGAACUGCUGAAUCAGGAGCCAGCGAGCUACGAGUUCGGCUACGCGGUGAGCGACUCGAGCAGCGGCAGCGACUUCGGGCACGCGGAGAGCAGGCGCGACCAGCGCGCCGAGGGCUCCUACUUCGUCGUGCUGCCCGACGGAACCAAGCAGACGGUAGACUACGAAGCGGACGAGCAAGGCUUCAAGCCGAGGAUCUCCGUGCAGCCGGCGGACAGCGCGCCCGAGCACGACGACCGCGCCGCCGGUCUCACCGGCUCCUCCGGUGGACCUUAUUACUACCUGCCGCCGUCGCCGGCGAGCCGCAACGCCGGCUACCCGCAGGCUCCGCUGCCCGGAGCCUCGUUCCCCGGCGCGCCGCAGCUCCUCGCAGCCAGGACUCUGCAGCGAGGAGCUCUCGGACAAGCAAACAGUUUGUCCAGAAGCAAUGCUCACGAGCACGCCGCUCGAGGAAGGUCGGGCGUCACAGGCAGUGAAGGUUACGACGACAACUCUGCGUUCUAUGGAAGAAAUGAAGUCGACGCUCAAUCGGAGCCGGCGAGCUACAGCUUCGGCUACACGGUGAGCGACGCGAGCGAGGGCGCGCAGUUCGGGCACCGCGAGGAGCGGCGCGAGGAGAGCGCGCAGGGGGAGUACCACGUGGUGCUGCCCGACGGACGCACGCAGACAGUAAGCUACGAAGCAGACGAGCGCGGCUUCAAGCCGCAGGUGUCGUACCAGGACUCCGAGCAGCUCGCGCGCUCGGGCGGGUACGACGCCGACACCCGCAGCCACCACACCAGCGGCCGCGACGACAUCCGGGGAUACUGACUCCCAUUGUGGCUUGCAGUUGUAGUUAACAUAAACCUGUGUUGGCAAUAAAUAAAAUAUUUUAAACGAAUUGUUAUUGUUAUCUCAGACCUGCGCGCGUUUCAAACCCUCGUAGCUUUAGUUUUAA